GUCAUGCUGAGAGGAUAUACGACUCUUCCUCUGUUCUGCACACACAGUCCUAACUAUUAGGUGUAAGGAUGCCAGGGCUAGAGUCAUGCUGAAAUAGAAAGGAGAAAUAGGUCGUUGAAUUGUGCAGAUUAGAGCCUGCUUCCAUCCAGAUCAUCACACUAAUCAGCAGCAAUAGAAGACAAUGACAUCCACUCAAUUACUGGAAACAGGAAGUAUGAACCGGGUUUAACUCAAAUCUUACUUUAGUAUAAUACGAAAGUGUAAGGAUGACAGGGCUAGAGUCAUGCUGAAAUAGAAAGGGAGAAUAAAUGAUUGUGCAGAUUACAGUCUAAGCUUCCAUCCAGAUCAUCACACUAAUCAGCAGCGAUAGAAGACAAUGACAUCCACUCAAUUACUGGAAACAGACACGUUCCAACAAGACACUCAAAAGUAUUUCAACGUUGACAAGUUAAUUCUACAUUGAUCCACCUGUACUGCAUGAAUCUACUACUUUUGGAUGUAAGAAAGCGACGCACAAGAAGACACAGCAAGCAAUGGCGGAAAAUAAAAAGAAUCGUCCACUUUCCUUCCCUUCAAACAAAAAUACUUGGACACCUGGAAAGAAAUCGCCUGCCGAAGCAGAUGGAUGUGUGACAUCAUUGGGUUUUAAGUCUUUAGUAGCAGACACGGACAAAACAGAAGCAGACAAUAGAAGUCAACAAGAAGACGUCUCCACACCAGGUGAACAACUCUCACAGUAUGAUACUCAAGAUGAUCUGGAUCAACAAAUGGGAGCAUGUGGACUCGACACAGAAGUGAACAAAGCCGAAGAAAUCGAAGAAAAUCGGCAACAAGAAGAUGAUGAUGACGACGUUUUCAUACCAGGUGAAACCACAGAUGAGAAAGAAACACCAGUGUCUAAUAACGCGGCAACUCAGAGUACAAACAGGAAUCGUCCAGCAACCGUCCCUAAGCAAUAUUACAACACCGUGAAGCCUAAGAGGUCGUCUAUGGGUGGCGAGGGACCUAAGGACUCGGUUUCCGUAAGUGAGUUGAAAAAGUGGCGGCAAGAUGCUUCGAAAAAGAUUGAUAGGAAUUGUGACCCUGGCACAGAAGUUAACGCAGCAGGAGUUGAACAAGAAUAUAUGCUACAAGAAACUGAUGACUGUGAUCAACCGGACUCAGCGCCACAAACACUUCAGUCAACUCCUGUGUGUGAAGCUUUAGAUGAACAAUCGACGAGAUGUGAACCCGGUACAGAAGUGAACACAGCAUCUGCAGGCAACGGAAUUGGAGGAAAGGAAACUGGUGCAGAAGGUUGCAACCAACAGGAUACAGAACCACAAGCACUGCAGUCGAAUCCUGCGUCUGAAGUUGCUGAUCAAGCAUCUGUCGAUCUAGGACAUGAAAUCAUCUUUCGAGAUUUGUCCGACCAGAUUGGAAGAGAUUGGGAAAAACUGGCCACAUAUUUAGGCGUUUCAGAAAAGAGACUUGAAUACAUCAAGAUGAACCAUCCCCAGGAUGUCGAGAAACAGAUUUACUAUAUGCUAAUGAAGUGGAGAUCAUUGUGCGACAACUUUGGAAGCAGCUCCUUUUUGGUCCUGGCCAAUCAACUUGAACGAAUUGGACAGAAACCCCUGGCCGAGAAUAUCCGCGGGCAGUUCAAACACUAAAGUCGUUAUGCCACGACUCUCUACAAUUGCACUCCUGAACCUCGCAUCAAGUGAACCUCGCAUCAAGUGAACCUCGCAUCAAGUGAACCUCGCAUCAAGUGAACCUCGCAUCAAGUGACAUCACUCGCAUCACUGAGGUCAAACAGUGCCCUUACUGAGGUCAAAUAGUGCCCUCACUGAGGUCAAACAGUUCCCUCACUGAGGUCAAAUAGUGCCCUCACUGAGGUCAAA